AAUCCUUUCAUGCUCUAGAAAGUGGGGUCAUGGGAAGGCUGUUUCAACUGCAGGAAUACUGCCUGCGGGCAAUGGCGCAUAGGGAUGACAUGGAUGGUACCGAGGGCAGGGCACUCAGCUUGCAGCACAUUAGCUCCCUGAUCUUCGUUAUAUCGGCGCAGUAUCCCCUGAUCUCCUAUGUCGCCUACAACCGCAAUGACAUGGAGAAGGUCACGGCAUGUCUCAGCGUGGUGUUCACCAAUAUGUUAACGGUUAUAAAAAUUUCUACAUUUUUGGCAAACAGAAAGGACUUUUGGGAAAUGAUUCGCCGCUUCAGGAAAAUGCAUGAACAUUCAAGUCACAUUCCUAGGUACCGAGAGAGAUUGGACUACGUUGCCGAGGCCAACAAGCUAGCAUCUUUUUUGGGAAGAGCAUAUUGCUUGUCCUGCGGCCUAACAGGACUAUACUUUAUGCUGGGACCCAUUGUGAAAAUUGGGGCUUGCCGUUGGCAUGGCACAACAUAUGACAAGGAGCUGCCCAUGCCAAUGAAGUUUCCAUUUAACGAUCUGGAAAGCCCCGGAUACGAAGUUUGUUUCCUCUACACCGUACUAGUCACUGUCGUCGUUGUUGCCUACGCCUCGGCAGUCGAUGGCUUAUUUAUUUCGUUUGCGAUUAAUCUGCGAGCUCAUUUCCAAACACUGCAGAGCCAAAUUGAAAACUGGGAGUUUCCUUCAUCCAAGCCAGACACACAGAUCAGGCUGAAAUCUAUCGUUGAAUACCACGUGCUCCUGCUGUCCCUAUCCCGGAAGUUACGAUCGAUGUACACACCCACCGUGAUGGGGCAGUUCGUCAUAACCUCCUUGCAGGUUGGCGUUAUAAUAUACCAACUAGUGACAAACAUGGACUCCGUCAUGGAUCUCUUGCUGUAUGCAUCGUUCUUUGGUUCAAUCAUGCUGCAAUUAUUUAUCUAUUGCUACGGCGGGGAAAUCAUCAAGGCUGAGAGUCUGCAGGUUGAUACUGCUGUCCGGCUCUCCAACUGGCAUCUGGCUUCUCCCAAGUCACGUACAUCUUUGUCGUUGAUCAUUCUUCAGUCUCAAAAGGAAGUGCUUAUUAGGGCUGGCUUCUUUGUUGCAUCCCUGGCCAAUUUCGUUGGGAUCUGUCGAACAGCCCUAUCGUUGAUUACCCUCAUCAAAUCUAUUGAGUAAUUAAUGUACCUCAUCUGCACUCUUUAAGUGUUACUCUUUAAUAUCAGAAGAUAUAAUACAUCUAAUUAAAAUCCAACUUUUUGUUCAUAUACUAAAUCUUUCCUUUCAUAAGCAACUGCGAACUGAUGUCUACGCUUAGCCAGAUAUAACUCGUAAUACUUGUGAAACGAUGCAAAGCACCAUAUUGAAGAAUAGCGCGAUCGUAAAAACAGUGGGAGAGAAUUUUUCCUGAUAGGACUUGACAUGCUUAUCGCUUCGGAAUUAUACUUAAGCAUAGGCACUCACUGAAUUGAAAUAAGACCUCAAAUUGAGCAAUGUACCGUGGUGCGAGUGUAAUAAGAUCAUAAAUAAAUCCGUUCCAAUAAUUUAACAAAGUAAAAACAAGAGAACCCGCUAAAGUCGAUGUUCUCGACUCUCAGAUAGUCGUUACUCAGCUAGUAGGAGAGCUCUCAACCUUAACUUAGGGAGAAAUUUCGGGUGUGGUAAAAAUGUUUUGCAAUUUUCAAGAAAAAAUAAUAAAAAGGAAUGUGAUUGUA